AUGAUAAAGGAUCGGCUGGUACUACGAAGGAGUCUCAUGAGGAGAUAUCCUAUUUGUAGAUUCACAACUUCACGACUACAUAAACAAGAACAUGCACAACAACAGUUUAAAGAACAACCAAGAGUUAACCAAUUAGGUAUUCAAUAUUUAUCAAAUGAUUUACACAAGAGAAUAUUUCCAACUACUUCAACUAAUGACUAUUUAACUCCAAAAUCAAAAGAAUUGUUAGAAAUUUCUAAAAAACAUUUAGAUACAAAUCAAUUAUUAGGUAAAAAGACUCAAAUUAAUGAACCUAUAAAUAUUCAAAAUUUCCCUAAUUUAGUUGGUAAAUCAUUAGAUGAACAUUUUUAUAAAUUAGGAAUAAAAUCAAGUGAACCAUAUCUUUCCAUGGCUAGGAAAUUUUUAUCAGGAAAUAUUCCAAUAAAACCAAAUGAAAAAGAAUGGAUAUUACAAAGUGGUUGGACAAGAUAUGAAAUUGGUAAAGAACCGGAAUUAGUUGAAUUCCCAUUAGAAGAUGAAUUAGUAUUUGAUGUUGAAGUAUUAUUUAAAGUUUCAAAAUAUCCCGUUAUGGCAACUUGUGCUUCUUCAAAAGCUUGGUAUGGUUGGGUAUCUCCUGUAUUGAUUCAAAUUUUAAAUGGUGUGCCUAAAAAUGAACUUGAUUGGAAUCAUUUAAUUCCUAUGAAUUGUAUGAAGAAAGAGAAAGUUAUCGUUGGAUAUAAUGUAAGUUAUGAUAGAGCAAGAGUUUUAGAUGAAUAUAACAUUAAACAAUCAAAAGCAUUUUAUAUCGAUGGUAUGUCAUUACAUGUUGCAAUUAGUGGGAUUUGUUCACAACAACGUCCAACUUGGGCUAAAUAUAAUAAAUCGAAAAGAAUGGCAAAUGAUUUAGAUUCAAAUCCUGAUUCUGAAACUUUUUUAAAUAAAUCUAUCAAUAUUGCUAAUAAUUGGGAUCCUUCAGAAUUAACAAAUGAUGAAUUUCAAGAAAUUUUAAUGAAAGAAUUCCCUGAAUCUACUGUUAAUAUGGAUAUUGAAACUGACCCUUGGUUAUUAAAAGGUUCACCUAAUUCUUUAGCUAAUGUUGCCAAUUUUCAUUGUAAUAUUGAAUUAGAUAAACAUGAUCGUAAAGAUUUUGAAUCUGAAAAUCCUCAACUUUUAAUUAAUCGAUUUCAUAAAUUAAUGAAUUAUUGUGCAAAUGAUGUAAUGGCUACAUUUGAAGUUACUAAGAAAUUAUUUCCAGUAUUUUUAUCAAGAGUUCCUCAUCCUGUUUCAUUUGCUGCUUUAAGACAUUUAGGUAAUUUGAUUUUACCAACAACUACUAAAUGGUCUAAAUAUCUUGAAUCGGCAGAAUCAUGUUAUCAAAAAAAUCGAACUGAAGUUACAAGUACAUUAGAAGAAAGAGCAAAUGAAUUAGUACAAUUUGUUAUCCAACAAAAAUCUGAAUUAAUUCCAGAUUAUGAACAAGAUCCUUGGUUAAGCCAAUUAAAUUGGACAUUGAAACAAGCAAAAUUGAAAAAAGAUGGAACUUUACCUAAAAAAGUAGCUUAUUUAACCGGAUAUCCUGAAUGGUAUAGAGAUUUAUUUAAAUCUACUGGUGGCAGAGAAAUGAAUUUAAGUUUAAGAACAAGAAUAACUCCACUUUUACUUCGAUUAAAAUGGGAAGGAUAUCCUUUAUUUUGGGUUAAUUCUCAAGGAUGGUGUUUUAAAGUUCCUUAUGGAGAUGAUGAAGUUAUUGAAAAAUUAGAAGCAAAGAAUUAUAUUCAACCUCAAUUACCUGAAGAAGAAAUGGAUAUAUUAGAUUCAUUAAGAGCAAAUGGUAAAGCUUAUGUUUUAUUUAAAGUUCCUCAUCCAGAUGGACCUAAAGCCAGAUGCACUCAUAUUCUUUCUAAACAAUAUGUUAGAUAUUUUGAAGAUGGUACAUUAACAUCAGAAUAUGAACAUGCAAGUAAGAUCUUGAAACUUAAUAAUGAAGCAUCAUAUUGGUUAAGUAAUAGAAAUAGAAUCAUGGAUCAAUUUGUUGUUUAUAAUCAAUCUUCAAAAACCAAAUUUUUUGAUACCAAGAAACAAAUUAAAGAACAUAAAGAAAUGGCGAUUAUUUUACCUAAUUUAGCCACUAUGGGUACAAUUACUCGUAGAGCUACAGAAAACACUUGGUUAACUGCAUCAAAUGCUAAAAAAAAUCGUAUUGGAUCUGAAUUGAAAGCAUUAAUUGAAGCACCAAAGGGAUAUUGUUUUAUUGGAGCUGAUGUUGAUUCAGAAGAAUUAUGGAUUGCUUCAUUAGUUGGUGAUUCAAUGUUUGAAAUCCACGGAGGUACAGCAUUAGGAUGGAUGACUUUAGAAGGGGAAAAGUCUCAAAAAACUGAUUUACAUAGUAAAACAUCAAGUAUUUUGGGAAUUUCUAGAAAUGAUGCAAAAGUAUUUAAUUAUGGUAGAAUUUAUGGAGCUGGGAUUAAAUUUGCCAGUAGAUUAUUAAAACAAUUCAACAAUUCAAUAAGUGAUAAAGAAGCUAAUGAAAUUGCAAAGAAAUUAUAUGAUAAUACUAAAGGAAUGACGGGUCGAUCCAAACAUUUUAAUAAUAAUCAACCCAAAUUGUAUUAUGGUGGGAGUGAAUCAGUUAUGUUUAAUGCAUUAGAAGCAAUAGCUCAACAAGAUGAACCAAAGACUCCAGUAUUGGGAGCAAGAAUCACUGAUGCUUUAAAUGUUAAGAAUUUAAAGAAUAAUAAUUAUAUGACAUCUAGAGUUAAUUGGACAAUUCAGAGUUCAGGAGUUGAUUAUUUACAUUUAUUGAUAAUUUCUAUGGAAUAUUUAUGUGAAAAAUAUGGAAUUGAAGAUGCAAGAUUAGCAAUUACAGUACAUGAUGAACUUCGAUAUUUGGUUAAAGAAAAUGAUAAAUAUAAAGCAGCAUUGUUGUUACAAAUAAGUAAUGUUUGGACAAGAGCAAUGUUUUGCGAACAAUUGGGCAUUAAAGAAGUACCACAAUCAUGUGCAUUUUUUUCAGAAGUUGAUAUUGAUUUUAUAUUACGUAAAGAAGUAUCAAUGGAUUGCGUUACUCCAAGUAACCCAACCCCAAUACCAAGUGGAGAAUCUAUGAAUAUUUUAGGAUUAUUGGAAAGAUGUAAUAAUGGGAAGAUUUUAGAAGAAGGCGAUAAGAAAAUUAAACCUUUGAAAUUGACAAAUGUUAAAUAUGUUAAACGAGAUCCGGUGAUAUUUGAAUUAGAUAAAGAUUUACCACGAUCUUGUAAAAUUGCCAAGGUUAAAUUACAAAGUUCCAAUGAUACUAAAGAAUGGAAACAAAAUCUUUAUGCAUUUGCAAGAGCUAAAGGACGAGCCAAUGAUCAAUUAGAUUUAGGAAAAGAUAUUGAAAUUGAACCACCUAAGAGGAAGAAAAUUAUUAAGAAGAAACCAAAGAGAAAUGAUUUAAUCGAUGUUGAUAUUCAAGUUAAGGAUGAAAAUUUAGCUAAAGAAAUUAUCAAACAAUAUGAAGAACCACCUAGAUAUUCACCAUCUUUAGCAGGAUCAAAUGUGACUUAUAAAAAGGAUAAGAUUCUCAGAAGUUCAAGAAUAGUAUCAACUAGAAAUAAUUCAACAACUCCAAGAAAGUCCCAAAUUUUGAACAAUCCAAGAGUUGUUUACAAAAAGGAUGAUGAGUUGUCAAGAUUUGUAAAUUCUGCACCACGUUCAUCAUCAUCUGCAUCAUCUGCAUCACCAAGGGGGAUAAUUUAUCAAAGACGUAAUUUAUCAACACUGACAAUGGAGAUUACAACAAGGGAAAAACUACGACGUGGAAUACGACUACGAUCUUCACAUAAUUGA